AUGCCGUUUCGUGACCAAUGGCGCGAUGUGAAAUGUUUACAUGAAGAUGGAAUUCCAAUAGAUACCACUAGCAAUGAAACAGCCAAGUUAUUCGAUGCCACUCUUACACAAUACACCGGCUGGUAUAAUGAUAAACAGAUGGGUGGUGUCGAAUCGACACUUUCUCGUCUUCUUGCAUCUGAUCCAACGUGUGUCACUAGCCAAAUACUUGCUACUGGUUUAGAAUUAUUAGCUACUGCAUCACCAUCUGCAUCUAGUCAUGCGAAAGUGCUUGAAUCACUGGGAAAUGCAACGUCAUCAAAUCCAUAUAUCAAGCUACACACACAAGCUCUUCUUCAAUGGUCAUCGGGCAGUUUUUCGAAAGCUGCCGACACAUGGGAACAACUGCUCGUGCUCUAUCCAUUUGACAUGCUGGCAAUCAAAUUCUCAUCGGAUACUUACUUUUAUAUUGGUGAUCGAGAGAUGCUUCGUGAUUCGAUUGCACGCGUUCUACCCAUCUGGGAAACAUCGUCGGAUCGUCCAUUGAAAUCUUACCUGUACGGAAUGUAUGCAUUCGGUUUAGGCGAAACAAACAUGGUCGAGCGAUCGAAAAAAGAAGCUCUGUAUGGAUUAGAACUCAAUCCACACGAUGGUUGGGCAACGCAUGCAUUAGCACAUGCUAUAGAAUAUGCAGGCGAAGUAUCGCAAGGUAUUGAAAUUUUGAAAAAAACUCAACACGAGUGGAGCACCAGCGACGUUAUCAAACCACAUAUCGAUUGGCAUUGGGCUUUAUAUGAAAUCGAACGUGGACAACGAGAAGUUGCCGAAGAAAUCUUAACCAAGCAUAUAUUGAGUCGUGAUUGCGAUUUGAUUAUGUUAGAUUUCGUUGAUAUUGCCUCAUUAAUUUAUCGUCUUCGACUUGCAGGACAAAAUUCUUCGACCAUUUAUACUUCGGCACUAUUAAAAAAAUUCCUACAUGAUCAUCUACACGACCACACAUUGAUCUUCAAUGAUCUUCAUAUCUAUUUUAUCUUAGAUGAUUAUGCAGAUGAAGAGCAUCGGAAAGAUUUUCUUCGUACGCUAAAAGAAUCGUACGAGACAUCGGAUUUCGAAAGCAGUUCCGUUUACCGUCAAGUUGGAAAAUAUAUCUUUCAAGCAAUGGAUGAAUUCAAAGCGAAAAAUUAUUCUCGAGUGGUCGAACUUUUAUAUCCAAUUCGCAAUAAAAUCUAUCAAAUCGGUGGAUCCAAUGCCCAACGUGAUUUGUUCUAUUUACUUUUAAUUCAUUCCGCAGUUCAUUCUUCCGAACAUCAUCAUCAGCAAUUAGCCAAACAGCUCAUUAACGAACGAUGUUUACAGAGAAAUAAAACACAGUCGAAAAUGAUGGAAAACUACGCUAACGUUUUACUUCACGAUUAA